AACAGCUGAUUCGAUAACAGAGCAUGUGCCUUGAGGAGCGCUUUUCAUUGUGGAUUCGACAUACUUUCUCUCGCCCAUUCUCUCCAUGUGUUUUUCUCUUUGUCUAGUUGAUAGUAUUUUUUCCAUAAUUUCUUUUUCAUUCUCAUUUUUUCACUGCUCCAUUUCACACACAUAUUUUUAGUGAAUUAUUAAUUUAGUGAACUAGGAAAAUAUUAUUUUUAUAUAACACAGGGAAAAAAUAGAAAGUGUAAAUAUUAAAAGUGUGCGAAUAAAUUGUUUUGACAAGUGUAUAAAAAAAGUUUAAUUUCCCUUGGCAACAACUCAUGGCAACCUCAACAACGCUACCAAAUAAUGCCAGCAGCAACAACAUUCAUUAUGAUGAAUUAUCAGAAAUAAAAGCAAUUUUCUUUGAUUUGGACAAUACUUUAAUACCAACAAGAUCGGGCGAUAGCAAAGCUUGUCGUGAAGUCUCUGAUAUACUUCAACGUCAGUAUGGUUUCACAAAAGAAGAGGCUAACUAUAGUACACAGAAUUUCCUGAAAUCAUUUCGUCGUUGCCCCGAUAAUUCUGAAACAUCACUGGAUAUUUGGCGUACACAUUUGUGGCAUGAGGCAUUGCCACCAAAAUAUAAACAAUUAGCCUCCACCAUAUAUCCCAUAUGGUUAGACUUACGUCACCGUCAUCUUGCCAUACCCAAAGAAUACGUACAGCUAUUGCAGAAUUUACGUAAACACUAUCUACUGGCACUAAUUACAAAUGGUCCAUCCAAUGCCCAAUGGGAAAAAGUACGCCAGUUGGAGGUACAACAAUAUUUUGAUUGUCUCUUAGUUUCGGGUGAUUUGCCAUGGGAGAAACCAAAUCCAAAUAUAUUUUACGCCACAUGUAAAUAUUUAAAUGUUCAACCGAAACAAUGUUGUAUGGUUGGGGAUAAGCUGGAAAGUGAUAUAAAGGGAGGAAACUUAGCUGGUCUAGGUGCUACAUUUUGGUUACCCCUAACAUUAGAUGAAAUUGAAAAGUUACUGCGCACUGAUGAAAGUGGGCUGGAACACAACAAACCCACAUUUAUCCUACGAAAUUUAUUAGAAUUUUAUGAUUAUUUUAGUGUAAUAAAAGAACAAAGCGAAAAUAAUGAAUUUCUAGAGCAGCAGCAGCAACAACAAGUACCUGAGUAUAAAAAAUGCCAAAGCAAAAAUAUUCUUUAUUGCCGAGGACGUUCUUCAUCGCCAACAACUACAACUACAGCAACAACACCACCCAUUGAAUUUUCGACUAGCGAAAGUGAUAAUAGCUCAGAUAGUAUCUAAAAUACAUACAAGUGUAUAUAGGUACAUAAAUUUAGUGUAGUAUUACAAAAAAAAAAACAUAAAUUUACAACAAACACUUAUAGUACAUUACUAUGUAUGGCGAAAAGCUAAUAUUGAUAAUGAUGAUGUUUAUAAUUUACAAACUAAGCGGCUCACUGAGAACUAGUAGUAAAUAAUAAUGAAUACAAAAAUCAAACUACACAAAAACUACUAAACGGCAAACUGAUGGUACAACAAACAAACAAACUACAACAAUGUUCAUAUUCUCACUUUGAUUUAUUUAUGUUUAACAUACCAACUCAUUUUACAUUUGUUUUUAUUUUUUACUCAUGUACUAUAAGUAUAUAUUUAUAUACAUAUGAUGUGCUAUUUUCUACGGAUUUUAUGAUAACUGAUGCUUUAUAUUGCUUUGAUGUAUUAUCAACACUACAACAAUGAAAUAAUGGAACAAAGAUUUUAUUUUCAUAAAAAAUAACUAUUUUGCAUAUUUUUUACUACCACUACUACACUUGAAUGCAUUUUUUGAUGAACAACUUUUAAAUGUAAAAAUUCUAAGUUUACGCUAUGAAAUAAAUUUUGAAAUAAAAAUAAAUUUAAACGGUAUGUUCUUUCAAAGCUAUCAAUUUCAUUUUUUUAAGCAAGUGAGGGGGACUAAGAAAAUUUUAUAGACAUCAAUAGAUUCUAUAUCAUGGCCAAUAGAAAAAAAUUAGAUUUUUCAAAUUGUUUUGAUGAAGAAGACAGCAGCAUUCAUUAAGAGAAGUUAGAGUUGUGUAGCAGGGACAAUGAUCGUAGUUUGUCAAAAUAUCCUAAAAGCACUUAAGUCAUGGGUCAUUUAAUGGAUAUUCAUUAUUGGUUGGACCGAUAAGCUUUUAUAUAAGCAAGCAGGAGGCGGGGACGAUUGAACUUCAAAUAUGCUGGUGAUAAAUGAAAAAUUUUACAUUUUUUCUAAUGGAGAUCUCAAUAUUAUUUAUAAAUUUUCUAGGAACAUGUCCAGGCUUAGCAAACAGCAAAAUUAAUAUAAUUACAAGAAUUUAAUAUUUUCUUAUGGAUGUUCUUAAUCUGUCAAUAUCGUAUCAUCUUUUGAACCUUUAAUU